GAAGCAGAAGAUGUUUUGGACUUGGACAGUCUUUAUUUUCAUGGCACCCCUCCUUGCCAAAGGACAAAAAGGGAAACUAUGUGGAGAUGUGGUGUUUGCACUACAAACAUCGUGCAACCUGGAUAAAUGGAUAAUAGACAAUGCUCAGACAUUCAUGACUAGUAUUGCCAUGAAAUUGUCAGAUCAUCAAAAAUCAACCAUGUCUCUUAUAACAUACAGCGAUAAUGCUGCAGAGGUAAUUGCUCCGAGAAGUCCUGCAAAAUUUCAGAAGACAUUGUCAAAUGAUGGUAUAAAAAGGGGUGAUGAUUGUCCUAAUAAUAUGAAGGCAAUAACAGCAAAAGCGCUUCAACUUGUCAGACCAACUAGUGAUAAGACAGUCGCUGAUAAGCUAGUCGUUGUUCUCAAUGACGGCAUCUCCUUUGAUCGGAAAUCAAACAUGGAUGCAACGUUGGACCAGACAAAACAAGGAAUAAACAAAUUAAAGGCCAAUGGUGCAAAAUUCGCAACAUUCAACUUGUAUAAUGAUAUUAAAGAAAUUGACGAUGACAAAAAUCUUGAAUUAGAAUAUGAGCUUUACGAUCCAAUAUUUGAGAUGGACUUCGGCGCGGAUUAUAGGGAUCAGUUUGUCAACAAAUUAUUUGGUAUGGAUGGGUUUCUUUGCACAGAGUCUGAUGUGCCGCAAACAACCACCCCACCACCCUGCGUUGUUCCGACAUUGGAUCUUAUGUAUGUGAUCGAUCGAUCCGAGUCCAUCUCCGAAGAGAAUAUCGAAAAAGUGAAAAAAUUCUUGAUACAUCAGAGCAAAAGUAUAAUAGAAGAUUCCCCAGACACAUCAAUCGGGGCCAUUUCUUACAACAGGCAUUCUUAUACUGAAUUGAACUUGACACAAGAUUCGACAAUCAUAGAAAAGGCACUGAGAAACAUUUCAAACACUACUGGUAAAGGGACCUACACUGAUAAAGCACUGAAAAAGGCUCGGUUGGUAUUAGAGGGACUCGUAAACAAUGACAAUCACCAAUAUCAUACAAAGUUGAUUAUACUAAUUACCGAUGGAGUGAAUAACAAAUAUCCACUUUUGAGCAAAACUGUUACAAGUGCAGCGGAGCAAACUAAAUAUUCAAAGUUUACAAUUAAUCAAGCUAAACUACUUGCACCAGAUAUAGAUUUGAUGAUAAUAGGAUUACCUAACACUAGGAGUUUGAAAAAGAAUGACACAAUGGCCCAAGCAAAGUUUAAUGCAAGUAGAGCUGAAUGGAACGGCGCGAUCGUAGCAAGGUAUGGGGAAGGGACAAAUAAGUUGAAGACCAAUUUGUUCCCUUUGGAAAACAUGGCGGGGAUGAAGGAUAGAUUUGCUGAAAUCCUGGAUUCAGUGUGCCACAGCGGCAAUACAGUCUAA